AUGGAUUUAAAUUUGACAGUGAUUGACAGUGGCUUUUUGGAGACCGACCAAUCGACGAGAGUUCUCACUGGCUGCUUCCUUUCUCUCCUUAUUCUGUCCACCCUGCUUGGAAACAUGCUAGUUUGUGCGGCGGUGACUAAAUUCCGCCACCUCCGCUCCAAAGUCACCAACUUUUUUGUCAUCUCGUUGGCUGUUUCAGAUCUGCUGGUAGCCAUCCUGGUCAUGCCUUGGAAGGCUGUCACAGAGAUUGCUGGCUUCUGGCCAUUUGGAUCAUUCUGUGACAUCUGGGUGGCAUUCGAUAUCAUGUGCUCAACGGCGUCUAUUCUGAAUCUUUGUGUUAUCAGCGUGGACCGGUACUGGGCCAUUUCCAGCCCGUUCCGCUAUGAAAGAAAGAUGACACCCAAGGUGGCGUUUGUGAUGAUCAGCACAGCUUGGACGCUAUCUGUGCUCAUUUCCUUUAUCCCAGUACAGCUAAACUGGCACAAGGCACAGACAGACAGCUUUUUACAGCAUGGCAAUACUUCUCAAGAGGGACCCAUAAUAAACAACUGUGAUUCCAGUCUCAAUCGAACCUACGCCAUUUCUUCAUCCCUCAUUAGCUUUUACAUCCCAGUGGCUAUCAUGAUUGUAACAUAUACUCAGAUCUAUAGAAUCGCUCAAAAGCAGAUUAGACGGAUAUCUGCCCUGGAGAGGGCUGCCGAGAGCGCCAAGAUCCGUCACGACAGCAUGACCAGCAACUCCAACACAGACUCUGAGAGCUCCUUCAAGAUGUCCUUCAAAAGAGAAACCAAGGUGUUGAAGACUUUGUCUAUUAUAAUGGGCGUGUUUGUGUGUUGCUGGUUGCCCUUCUUCAUCCUGAACUGCAUGGUGCCGUUUUGCGAGCAAAACUUUCCUUGUAUCAGUCCAACCACGUUUGAUAUCUUUGUCUGGUUUGGAUGGGCAAAUUCAUCUCUUAACCCCAUCAUAUACGCCUUCAAUGCGGACUUCCGCAAAGCUUUUGCUAUUCUCCUGGGUUGCCCCAGAAAUAUUGUUAUAGAGACGCCUAGCCUAAACAAAAACUAA